UGGUGAAAUAUGAUAUAAGAUUUGCUCAGAGAAGUCUCUCUAACUUGCCUCUUUCUUUUCCUCCAUGGACAGGUAACUAUGCCCUGAGGCUGCAAAUGUCCAACAGGAGCUUCCCCACAGAGUUCCUCCUCCUAACAUUCGCAGACACACCCAAGCUGCAGCUUCUGCACUUCAGGCUCUUCCUGGGCAUUUACCUGGCUGCCCUCCUGGGCAACGGCCUCAUCCUCACAGCUGUAGCCUGCGACCACCGCCUCCACACCCCCAUGUACUUCUUCCUCCUCAACCUUGCCCUCCUCGACCUGGGCACUAUUACCACCACUGUUCCCAAAGACAUGGCCAAUUCCCUCUGGGACACCAGAGCCAUUUCCUACAAAGGUUGGGCUACCCAGGUCUUUUUCUUUGCUGUCUUUGUCACAGCAGAGUUUUUCCUUCUCACCAUCAUGGCUUAUGACCGCUACGUUGCCAUCUGCAAACCCCUGCACUACGGGACAAUAAUGGCCAGCAGAACUUGCAUCACCAUGGCAGCAGCUGCCUGGGGCAGUGGCUUUCUCAGUGCCAUGCUGCACACUGCCAAUACCUUUUCCCUCCCCCUCUGCCAAGGCAAUGCCCUGGACCAGUUCUUCUGUGAAAUUCCCCAGAUUCUCAAGCUCUCCUGCUCAGAUGCCUACCUCAGAGAAGUUGGGCUUAUUGUGGUUACAGCAUAUUUACUUCUUGCAUGUUUUGUUUUCCUUGUGGUGUCCUAUGUGCAGAUCUUCAGGGCUGUGCUAAGGAUCCCCUUGGAGCAGGGCCGGCACAAAGCCUUUUCCACGUGCCUCCCUCACCUGGCCAUGGUAUUCCUGUCCAGCAGCACUGCCUUUUUUGCCUAUCUGAAGCCCCCUUUCAUGUCCACCUCAUCCCUGAAUCACUUGCUGGCAGUUCUGUACUCAGUGGUGCCUCCAGCAGUGAACCCCCUCAUCUACAGCAUGAAGAACCAGGAACUGAAGGACGCAGUGUGGAACCUCAUGACUGAAUGUAUUUCAGAAGCAAUAAACUGCCUUUCUUCUCCUGCAUAUCACUCACAAUUUAACCAUAAGAGACCCAGAUAUUGA